GCGCGAGCGACACAAACCUCGUGAAACGUUUUGUGUCAUCGAUAGUAUAGAAAUAGUUAUAACAAAUUGUUUACAAACAUGACUCUCACAGAAAUGGAGCCACUUAAAAUACACUUAGAUGCUCUCGAAAUGGCAGGGAAAGUGGUCGAUGCUCACAUUACUGCUGACAGCAAUUUUCCUUCUUUAAUUAAUCUUAUGAGGUACAAUGUACAAGGUGGACCAACUGUUAGUGGUCUUGAUGAUCACGAUUACCCAAAUUUAAACGGGAUGUCAAUGGGUUUUUCGAAUAUAAAUCAAAUGAAAUUGCACAGUAAAAUUUCUUUACCUUCUGAAGUAAUGGAACACUUUCACCAUAUGCAAUGUCACUGUAUGAUGGGCUUGUUCACAGAAAUUUCAAAAGCGUGGCUUACAAUCGAUAGCGAUAUAUACGUGUGGUCAUAUGAAAACGAGUCUGAUGUUGCAUAUUUCGACGGGUUAAACGAGACUAUAAUAAGCGUAGGUUUAGUGAAACCGAAGCCAGACAUAUUUCAAUCUUACGUGAAAUAUUUGCUGAUACUUACAACUACAGUGGAGAUAACUAUUCUUGGAGUCACGUUAACAGAAAAUUCCGAAGGCGCGUCGCCAGAAAUGCAGCUUGUUCCUGAACCAAUCUUUACAGUCACCACAGAUGGUAUCGGAAUCACAACAAUAGCGAAUACGAGUAAAGGCAGAAUAUUCCUCGGUGGUAGAAACGGUUCUCUGUACGAAAUAUAUUAUCAGGCAGAGAGUAGUUGGUUCGGGAAGCGUUGUAAAAAAAUUAAUCAUUCCGAAGGUCCGUUAUCAUUCCUAGUACCAUCAUUCGUCACGAUAGCUUUGUCGGAAGAAGAGGCGAUAAUACAAAUCUCUGUGGACGAUUCCCGUAACAUUUUGUACACUCUCGGUGACAAAGGAACAAUUACGGUUUGGGACAUUGAUAACGAUGGCGCAGCAAAAGUCGCGUCUAUGUCGCAAGCUUCUUUAGUACAAAAUGCCGUUCACGUUGUAAAAACACUUGAUAGCAAUAACUUCCGGCCAUUGGUGAGCAUAUCUGCUAUUACAGAAUCCGAAUCAGUACACUUAAACUUAGUUGUAGUUGCAGCUACGGGAACACGUUUCUACUUCAGUUGCACUUCGGUCGCUAAUCCAACAACUAGACCCCAAGGUCUCCAAUUAAUACAUGUUAGAUUACCUCCAGGAUAUGCUGCUAACGCUACUGUAAUGAGACCAAGAAAAGUGCAAAUGGCGCAUUACAGAAAAGGAACAUUAAUUCUCGUGUGCGGUGGAGACACUGAAACAGCUUUAUGCUUAAGUAACGAUGCUUAUCCAUUUACGAAUUAUUUAGCUGAAACUCAGAGUCCUUUAUCCCUCGAUAGUCCGGUAUGGGCGAUGGCGGAAAUCCUUGUUGAACCGGCUAUACGGAUUGAGAAACAAAGUUGUUCCCAAGGGGAGCCUCCGCUUCUCGUAAGGCAGCACAUGGAAGCUCCCAGAAAAUUUAUAUUUUUAACGUCUCAGGGUGCGAUAAUCUUUGUACAAGUCCGUCCGAUGGACAUCCUUAAACAACUUCUCUUGGAGCAACGGGGACCGGAUACAGAGGCGGUUCGCGUGUACUUUCAGUUAUUGUGCAAAAUUAACAAUAUAAAAGUAGAACGUGAUUGCAUGUAAUAUUUGCAGUUGAAGAAAAAUGAUAGAUCACUGAUAUUUCAUAACGUAUAGUUGGCGGAAUGGGCAACAAGAGCGUUCUUUUUGUAUGGUAGUCAACGGAUGACGAGCGUGGGGCCAGGAAUGGAUGUACAUAAUACUUUUGCUAAUAUGAAUACAGUAGAUAUACGUACAUCCACGCCCAGAGUUCCUAACUACGAUAUGAGGUACCAAGGAUUCCGGCCUCACGCACCUGUGGGACUUAACACAGACAUUCCACUGCAACAGUUCUCAGCGAAGCACAAUGGUUUAUAUUUAUACGUGGGAAGAAUACUUCGUCCUAUAUGGAACAUGCGAUGUAUUAAACAGGAAACCGUGAAUAAUAAGACUCAGAUAUCCAGCACUAUACCAUCGAGACAGGUCACAUGGAUUUUAGGACUUUUACAAGCGUUAAGAACAUUUCUCAAUAAAAACACCCACAUUACCAAACAACCUAACACUGGCAGAGCUAUAACUGAUGGAUUUGAAACAACUGUGUCGAGUCAUUAUCAAGAGCCAAUAGUCGAAGAAAGGAAUUCUUUGGCUGCUUUGAAAAUUUUUAUUACUCAUGCCUGCGAGGUCUUAGAACUUUGGAAGAUCUUGUGUGAAAACCAUUUAAAUAAUAUUGUUAAUUGUCUGUCAAAGGAUCAAAUUAACCAAUUUUCUACAGCCACCUUCAGAGAUCUGAUUCUGAUUGGCCACGAAAUUUCUUCAUUGCUAAUUAUUCAUCUUAUAGACAGUUAUCUCGGAGACAAUGCGUCCGUCGACGUAGUUAGUGAACGAUUAAGGGAAGUUUGUCCAAAUUUGUACAGAAGCGAAGAUGCUGUUUGUUCCAAGGCCAACGAAAUAAUAUUAAAAGCAAAAAGUUGUACAAAUCCGGAAGAGAAAGAAUGGUACUUGAAGGCCGCUUUAAAGUUGUGCAAAGAAGUGGCUCCCAGGUUAAAUUUGAGCGCAGUCUGUCAACAGUUUAUCGCUUGUCAAUUCUAUUCGGGUGUACUCGAGUUAUGUUUCUGCUGUGCAGAAAGAGUAGACCCUAAUAACGCAGCGUUACAUUAUUACAAGAACAACGAGCCACUCGAGGAUCAGGAGGGUCGAUUCGCUUACAUGAAGAGAACGGAAAUAUACAAAGAGUUUAUUACGUUGCUGGACCAUCUCUACAAUCAAAGCAUUUCGAACCCAUUAACCCCUACUAUACCGAGCAAACCAGGACCCCCGUCUCAGAAUGCUUCAACAAUGCCUGUCACUCCAGCGAAACAAAUAUUAUACGACGUCAUAAACGACGCAUUGCAUUCCCCUUGUGAAACCCUUCACGCUUCAGUGUAUGCUUGGAUGAUAGAACGAAGGCUUCACGGCGAACUUGUCGCUCUCGCAGCCCCGACAUUGGAGACAUACCUUACACGCGUCAACGCACCUGACUUACUCUGGCAAUUUUACGAAAGAAACAAGAACCAUGCCGCCGCGGCUAAAAUCUUGGAUUCUCUGGCAACCAAGGAAUCGAAUAUACCAUUGUCCCAAAGGGUCGAAUACUUAGCCCGUGCAGUUGUUUGUAUGCGAAGCGAUCAGGCCGGCUACGCUCCAUACCUUGGAAUUUUCUUACGCGAAUUAGAGGAUAAAGUAGAAGUGGUUCGAAUCCAGCAACAGAUACUAGACACCAUUUGCAAUCAACAUUUGGCUGACCGGUUGAGCGAAGAAGCCGUUAGAGCAUUAAAUUCGUCUUUGCUGGACAUUACAAAAUUGUACGAAAAAUAUGCGGACCCACUGCAGUUAUGGGAAUGCAAGUUAGCCAUUAUUCACUGCUCUGGUCAUCAAGAUGCAAUGUUGAUUCAAGAAAUUUGGACCAAUAUUAUUAAUAAUGAAUUGAAAGAUGCGACCAAUGCAGAAGACAAAAUGGCAAUUUUAACGAGCAAAAUUAUAUCCCUUGGACAGGAAUACUCUGGAUCGCCACAUUGCUUCCCAGUUGACUUCCUAAUAAAGCAGUUAGAAAUAAAAGCGUGUAAAUUAAACGUGUCCAAUGAUAGGAUCAUUUCCGGAUUUCUGCAAUUAGGAGUGUCGAUGGAGGAUCUUUUGGAUGUUUACAAAAUGAUUGGGAAAGACACUCGAACUUGGUUAAACGAAGGAAACGAGUUCCAUCUAAUACAGUCGACAGCAAAUUUGGUUAAUUACUUCAUACAUCAUUCUAACAUAACGAACAACUUCAUUCGACGGAAAAUAAUCACCAAAUGUCAAGACGUUAUUUCAAAGUGUUUAACUACAUUGUACAAUAAACCUCAUGGGCAAAAAUUAAUAACGGAACUCAGAUCGAUUCAGAGCGUAUUGAAUCGUAUGUAAUAACAACUUCACUUGUUUAUCGAAUGGACAAAUCUGUUAUAAAAUUAUGUAAAUCAGUGAACAAAACAAAUGAUUUCAUGGUGUGCUCCUUAUUGAGAAGGAACACGAAAUGUAAAUAGAUGGAACCGCGAUUUGUUCAAAUAUUUUCUAUACUAUAUACACUGUUUGUUCGUUUCAUAAUAAAAGUACCUAUCAUGUAUCCGAAUUACGACACGCUUGAUCUUUUUCAUUAGCGCAAACAUU